AUGAUGAGCAGUAAAACCGCCACGCUUACACCUCUUUCUUCAUGUACAAAAGGUCGUAUCACAAGUUAUGUUGGAUGGGAAAAGGGUGGUUCCUGUUCCUUUGGUCCAAAAACAGAAGAAGUGGUUCUUCCUGGCUACAUGUUUGGUGCCGCGCCCAAUUGGGCUUUUUACAACAAUGCCACCAAAUGUGGGGUAUGUUAUGAAAUGGUAGGACCGGUCGGUACCUUGCGUUUUCGUGUAGAAGAUUCAUGUCCAGCUGAUGCGAACAAUAUCCCAUGUCAAGGUGAUAUGAUACACUUCGAUCUUCACAGUAAUGCACAGCAGUAUGUUGCUGAACAUGGGAUGGUCAAUGUGACGUUCAGAAUGGUCGCCUGCGACUAUCCCGAAGGCACCAAAAUUAAAACUGUCAAUUAUAAAAGUUCGAACCCGGCGUGGUUUGCUUUUGUAGUGAAUGACCACUACAUUGGCGUCAAAAGUGUCUUAAUGAAAGACUCGGAUUUGAUCACUGAUUUUGUUUCAUUAAACAGAACGUGGUACAACACUUGGGAGUUCCAAAUGUUACAGCCUGGGAAAACGUAUUUCUACUCAUUGAAGACGCCAAUCACCUUAAAAAUCUAUUCAAUCAAUGACGACUUUGUCACUGUGACAGUGACAAAUACAACAGGUGGUGCCGUGAACGUCGCAGAUGGCAAUUUCAAAGUCGCAGAUGGGCUAUUUUAUAAUGUGGAAACACUUCAAAAGAUCACAAAACCAAAGAAUGAGCCGGAGUGCUGUACUUUGUGGGACGACUAUAGUGUGUUGUACCAAGAUAGUAUCAUUGGAGUCUAUAAUAACUGGUCGUAUAAGUCGACAAUCAACUUUAAAUCGACGAAUAGUCCAAAAGUCGGUAAAUAUUGCAUUGACAUGACCGCAGACGCAUUCGGCGCUUUACAACUUGCGACUAAUUUUGCGGCAAGAGCAGACCAAUACAGCGCAAUUCAAUUCUACGUGAGAGGGACGGUGGACUCUGAAAGAAGCUUAUUGGUCAGAGCUUAUAAAACGACGGGAGCUGACAAGUUUGUGCCCGUCAAAAAGAACACGUGGACUUACUACAAAUUCUUGUUUUCAGAACUGAAUAUCACCAAUAAUAGUUUCUGGGGGUUUACUGCUAUAAACCAGAAUUCAUCAACAAACACUUAUUCGUUCGAUGAGGUCACUUUAAUCAAAAACGAAGACGCUCCGGAUAUUGCAAUGUGCUGGGAUAAUGGGAAGGGAACUAAAGACGGUUGUGUGAAAACGGAGGUAAUGUGGGUAGUCACUCUUUUAGUCUUUGUAAUUCUUCUUUAA